CCGCGAUGUGAUUCAAGUGGAGAAAGGAUAAAGUGUCCAAACACAGAGAAAAACUCCUGCUGAAGCGACUGAUCUCCACACUGUUAUAAAGAUGGCGUUUAUUAAAGAGGAGAGUGAAGAUGUGAAGAUUGAAGAAACAUUCAGAGUCAAACAGGAAGAUCUGCAGGAACAAACAGACCUAAUUGAAGAGAAUGAGGGAAGUAAAGAGAAGGAACAUCAUGUCAAAAUUGAGGAAAAAAAUAAUUUACAGACUGAUGGUAUUUUGAAAAGGAGAGACAAGAAUUGUUUCACCUGCACCUUUACUCAGUGUGGAAAGAGUUUUGGAAGAAAAGGCAAUCUUAAGAUUCACAUGAGGAUCCACACUGGAGAGAAACCAUUCAUAUGCACUCAGUGUGGGAAGAGUUUCAGCCAAUCAUCAAACCUUAAUCUACACAUGAUGAUUCACACUGGAGAGAAACCAUUCACAUGCACUCAGUGUGGGAAGAGUUUUAGCCAAUCAUCAUACCUUAAUCUACACAUGAGGAACCACACUGGAGAGAAACCAUUCACAUGCACUCAGUGUGGGAAGAGUUUCAGCCAAUCAUCACACCUUAAUGAACACAUGAUGAUCCACACUGGAGCAAAACCAUUCACAUGCACUCAGUGUGGGAAGAGUUUUAUUCGCUUAUCAUCCCUUAAUCUACACAUGAUGAGCCACACUGGGGACAAACCAUUCACAUGCACUCAGUGUGGGAAGAGUUUCAUCCGCUCAUCAUCCCUUAAUCUACACAUGAUGAGCCACACUGGAAAAAACCCAUUCGCAUGCACUCAGUGUGGGAAGAGUUUCAGCAAAUCAUCAUCCCUUAAUCAACACAUGAUGAUCCACACCGGAGAGAAACCAUUCACAUGCAUUCAGUGUGGGAAGAGUUUUAACUGCUCAUCACACCUUAAUCAACACAUGAGGAUCCACACUGGAGAGAAACCAUUUAAAUGCACUCACUGUAGGAAGAGUUUUAACUGCUCAUCACACCUUAAUAAACACAUGAGGAUCCACACUGGAGAGAAACCAUUCACAUGCACUCACUGUGGGAAGAGCUUCAGCCAAUCAUCAUCCCUUAAUAAACACAUGAGGAUCCACACUGGAGAGAAACCAUUCACGUGCACUCAGUGUGGGAAGAGUUUCAGCCAAUCAUCAUCCCUUAAUCUACACAUGAAGACCCACACUGGAGAGAAACCAUUCACAUGCACUAAGUGUGGGAAGAGAUUCAACCGAUCAGCAAACAUUAAUGAACACAUGAAGAUCCACACUGGAGAGAAACCAUUCACAUGCACCCAGUGUGAGAAGAGUUUCAGCCAAUCAUCAUCCCUUAAUAAACACAUGAGGAUCCACACUGGAGAGAAACCAUUCACAUGCACUCAGUGUGGAAAGAGUUUCAGCCAAUCAUCAUCCCUUAAUCAACACAUGGUGAUCCACACUGGAGAGAAACCAUUCACAUGCACUCAGUGUGGGAAGAGUUUCAGCCAAUCAUCAUCCCUUAAUCAACACAUGAUGAUCCACACCGGAGAGAAACCAUUCACUUGUACUCAGUGUGGGAAGAGUUUCAGCAAAUCAUCACACCUUAAUCAACACAUGAUGAUCCACACUGGAGAGAAACCAUUCACAUGCACUCAUUGUGGGAAGAGUUUCAGCAAAUCAUCACACCUUAAUCAACACAUGAUGAUCCACACUGGAGAGAAACCAUUCACAUGCACUCAUUGUGGGAAGAGUUUCAGCAAAUCAUCACACCUUAAUCAACACAUGAUGAUCCACACCGGAGAGAAACCAUUCACAUGCACUCAGUGUGGGAAGAGUUUCAUCCACUCAUCACACCUUAAUCAACACAUGAUGAUCCACACUGGAGAGAAACCAUUCACAUGCCCUCAGUGUGGGAAGAGUUUCAGCAAAUCAUCACACCUUAAUCAACACAUGAUGAUCCACACCGGAGAGAAACCAUUCACAUGCACUCAGUGUGGGAAGAGUUUCAUCCACUCAUCACACCUUAAUCAACACAUGAUUAUCCACACUGGAGAGAAACCAUUCACAUGCAACCAGUGUGGGAAGAGUUUCAGCUUAUCAUCAACACUUUACAGACACAUGAAGAUCCACACCAGAGAAAAACCAUUCACAUGCACUCAGUGUGGGAAGAGUUUUAGCCAAUCAUCACACCUUAAUAAACACAUGAAGAUCCACACUGGUGUGAGAGAGUAUAUGUGCUUGGAGUGUAAGAAGACUUUUAUUACAGCGGCAGAAUUGAAACGGCACAACAGGAUUCACACUAGAGAAAAACCGUACAAGUGCUCACAGUGCAGUAAGAGGUUUACUCACUCAAGAACCCUGAAAACACAUGAGAGGAUUCACACUGGAGAGAAACCCUAGACAUGAUCAAUGUGUACAGAGUUUCACUCAUUCGGGGCAGAUUAAAAAAUACAUGGGAUGGUUUCCGGUAUGGCGUCCACACAUGUAGCAGCAUAGAAAGAGCGCUCCCAUACACACUGGUAUUAAUCCUCCUUUUUGCAUCAUAUAUGAUAACCUAAACCAUAUUUAAAUAACAUGGAGGGGGACAAAAACAAAAAGGCUAGGACAAAACAUCCAUUGAAACCUGAAAAAAACGAGAAAUCAACAGAUGAAAAAUCAGAGACGGACGGGAUAGCUAGUAGCCUGUCAGCUAGCAUUGCAGCAGUACAUAUGGACAUCAAAGCUUUCCAGAUGGAUAUUAAAUCCGAUUUAACUGCCUUCCAAGAUUCUCUCGCAAAACAUGUGAAAAUGGAACUAAGUAACUUUAAACAAGAGGUCAAUCAAAAACUGGAUGGCCUUAUCACGGACCUAAAUGCAACGGCAGGUCAACAAAGUGGAGAAGCAAGUUAAAGAAUUGGACGAGAACAUUGCUGAGAUGUAAGAAAUGCUUGAUCAAACCAUCCAAAUUCAAGAAAAUUUACAAGAGAAACUGUUAGAUCUAGAAUCACGUAGAAAUAAUGUUCGGAUUUUUGGAAUCCCGGAAGGAAGCGAAGGGAAUAAUAUCCAAGACUUGGUGGAAAGAUUAUCAAAAUGGACCUUAAAAGCCAAUGAUGUUACCGGGCACUCAGGCCAAAACCACCCGCUGACGCCACCCUAGAUUCCAUAUUCUUCCUGGAAUACAAAACGAAGAAACUGGUCCUUCGCAUGGAGAAAGAAAUACACUUGAACGAAAAAAGGAUUUUCUAUGACCAAGACUACCCACCUGAGAUCCAACAGAAAAGACGGGCUUUUGCUCCGAUAAGAAAAAUUCUGAAAGAAAAGGGGAUUAAGUUCCAAACACCACCGCCAGCAAAACGUAGAAUCUUUCUGGAAAACGGGCCGGUCAUGUACAAUUCGAUGACGGAGGCAUCAAGAGAUCUGAAAGAAAAAGGACUGAUAAAUGGUGAAGAGAAACUGUUAUAGGAAUCUCUGGGAAAGUGAAACAAAGACCUUGGCAAAAGGAGUGAUACACACAUACAUACAUACAUACAUACAUACAUACAUACAUACAUACAUACACAUAUACAUAAAUACACAUACAUGCAUACACAUAUACAUACAUAAAUAAAUACACAUAUAACCAAUUUUCAAACCAAAAAAGGCAAUAAGCCAAAUCUGUAUUUAGGGUCAAGUAAGGUUAAAAAUAAGCCAAUCAAAAAUAAUUAAAUAGAAGAAUGGUGAUAUACACAAAGAGAUAGGUAUUUAAAGCUGCGCUGGAAAAGGUCUACGACAAUGAAAAUUAUUAGAAGCCCAAACAUGGAACCUUAACUUACUAUAAAAAGAAAAAAAAAAGGCUGGAACCAGAAGUUUCUGCUUUUUGAUGUCUCAUUGAUUCAAAUUAGUAAACCUUUGAGUUUGUCCAAGGUUUGUGCCCAAAGUCUGACGGUGUCCUCUCUUGCACCAUGGAUGCGAGCAGUGGACAUUUUCAGAUACACAAUGUCAAUAAAAGUAUGAAUUCAAUAAUGAUGA